GCAGGCUCGGCCAGUGAUCGAGAGCAACUCCCACGACCGGUCGGCUCAGUCUGCUGCUGCUGCUGCUGCUGCUGCUGCUGCUGGAGGGGGGGCACACACACACACACACGCACACACACACACACACACACACACACACACACACACACUCAUACACAAUCACUUGAGCCUCUGCUGCAUCAAGAGGCAGAAGAAGAGGAGAGCGGAGGAGGGCACAGAGGGACACACAGACUGGGAAUACUCCAGUGGACGGAGCCAAUCCCAGCAGAGGGACGGGAUUGUUGAGGAGACUCAUGUGCUAAUAUGCUUCCGUGCUCCGCAGGGGGAAGCUGAGCACCAGGGAGUUCUGACAGGAUCUCAGUGCACCUGCUCCAUGCACACUGAUUAUGUGGAGGAGCUGAGGUGUGCCAUGGCCAGCCUGGACCUGCAGGUUCUCACACACACGCUUCUGUGUUACUGUUACCUCCCGACCAAGCAGCCCAGCCCGAGGAUCUGACCGCGCCUCCCGCACCUCCCUCUCCCCCCCUCUCCCUCCCUCGCUCCCUGGUCGUCCCUCAAUCCUGGGCCCAUCAUGGGAGGAUGCUUCUCCAAACCCAAACCAGUUGAAGUCAAAGUGGAACUCUCUCUCCUGGAUAAAGAAAAAGAGAUGGACGGGCUGUCGCCUAACGGCAAAGCGAGUCCGUUUGCCGACUGCAGACCGAACGGGGCCCUCGGUCACGGCUCCGACGACGACUCCACCCAGCUCCCCCUCUACCACAAACCACGGGACUAUGUGGAGGCCUCCGUCUGUCACGUUAAGGAUCUGGAAAACGGACAGAUGCGAGAGGUCGACUUGGGAAGCGGCCGAGCGCUGUUGAUCAAAGAACACGGGGAGUUUUCAGCCAUGGCCCACAAGUGUCCGCACUACGGAGCACCGCUGGUCAAAGGUGUUUUGUCAAAGGGACACGUGCGCUGUCCCUGGCACGGUGCGUGUUUCAACAUCGCGACAGGAGACAUCGAGGACUUCCCCGGGCUGGACAGCCUGCCAACCUUCCAGGUCAGAGUUGAAAAGGACAAGGUGAUCAUUCGUGCAAACAAGCAGGCUCUUCAGUCACAGAAAAGGUCGAAGCCCAUGGCCCGAUGCUCAGCAGUCAUUAACUCCAGCACAGGAUUCAGCCAUGUCCUCAUCAUCGGCUCGGGUCCAGCAGCUCUGGUGUGUGCAGAGACGCUGAGGCAGGAGGGCUUCACCGAUCGCAUCGUCAUGUGCACCAUGGACAGACAUCCUCCGUAUGACAGGCCUAAACUGAGUAAGUCCUUAGAAAGCACCGCAGAGCAGCUGAGAUUGCGCUCCAUGGAGUUCCUGCAGGACCAUGACAUUGAACUGCUCACGGAGAAAGAGGUCGUGGCGAUAGACGUGAAAACGCGAUCUGUGACCUUCGAGGACGGACUGAGGAUGGAGUACAGGAAGCUCUUUAUUGCUACAGGAAGCAAACCCAAACCGAUGACCUACAAGGGCAAAGACGUCAGGAAUGUGUUUCACCUCCAGACGCCGGAGGACGCUAACAGCGUAGCGAGGCUGGCCAACAACAAAAACGCUGUGAUCGUGGGAACAUCGUUCGUUGGCAUGGAGGUGGCUGCAGCUCUGACCGACAAGGCUCACUCGGUGUCUGUCAUCGGGAUCGAGACGGUCCCCUUUAAAAAAGCUCUCGGGGAGAAAGUAGGGAAAGCCAUAAUGAAGCUGUUUGAGGCCAACAGGGUGAAGUUCUACAUGCUGAACGAGGUGUCAGAGAUGAUUGGCCAUCAUGGACAGCUCAAAGAGGUGGUGCUGAAGAGCGGGAAAGUCCUGCGGGCCGACGUGUGUGUCAUCGGAGCAGGAAGUGUUCCUGCAACGGGCUUCCUGAAACAGAGCGGCAUCCACAUGGACUCCAAGGGCUUCAUCACUGUCAACAAGAUGAUGCAGACGAACGCUGACGGAGUCUUUGCCGGAGGAGACGUUGUUAUUUUUCCUUUCCCGCCACGAAACAACAAGAAGGUGAACAUCCCUCACUGGCAGAUGGCUCAUGUACACGGGAGGGUGGCGGCUCUCAGCAUGAUGGGCAGAGCCACCGAGAUCAAAACUGUGCCUUACUUCUGGUCAGCCAUGUUUGGGAAGACCAUACGCUAUGCAGGUUACGGUGAUGGAUUUGAUGACGUCAUUAUACAAGGAGAUCUGGAUGAACUGAGAUUUGUGGCGUUUUACACAAGGAGCGAGGAGGUGGUGGCCGUUGCCAGCAUGAACUAUGAUCCCAUUGUAUCCCGAGUGGCAGAGGUCUUAGGAUCCGGAAAGACGAUUAAGAAGCGAGAUGUGGAGACUGGAGACAUUUCUUGGCUGAUUGACAAAGGCUCUCAAUGACUUCACAUCUGAAGGGUCACAACCUCAAUAUGGACGCUUAUGGUGCUGAGACACUGAGCAGCUAUCCCGGUCUGGACACACACACACACACACACACACACACACACAGAUACAAACUGGGGAGAGGACUGUUGGAGACACACUUCCCCGAGGACGACACUGGAACUCGCUUUUGUUUCCUGAGAGACACUUUAACGUGAGCCGUUCGCAGACUGGAUCAACUGUGUUGGCGUGUUGUCAUGUUUCACAACAAAGCAAUAUAUAUAUAUUGGAUUGAGCGUCUGCGCUGCUGCGAGAUGUAUCUACCUGUACACUUUGUUUAUAAGAAGCCAGGAAUGGGCAUUGGCAUUUUGUACAAAGAAAAAUAUAUAACAAUGUAUAUAGCUAUAAUCCUGAAUGCACUGUAACAGAAUAUGAACAUACAAUCUGAACUUUGUAUGUUUUAAAAGUAACAGGAUUCGGUUGUGUGCUGGCGUGCAGGCCUGUAGAUCUGCAUGCUUUUAAUUUACUAUAAGAGGAGUUUUAAAAAGAAAUAAACCCCCUAAACUGAGUUUUUUUUUUCUAUUUAGAUGCAUCAGCAAAAAAAAAAACUUCAAUCUGCUAAAAAAAAUAUGCAAAAAAACAAAAAUGCAGAACCCUGAAUGCAGCUUUAACACACACACACACACACACACUCGUGCAGCUUUAAUUCGUACUAAUAAAAAAUCACUUCUAGUGUUACAACAAACCUCUUUGUAUCGGUUGCCUUGCUCGUAGAUUGCACAAAUGAAAUUCUAAUCAGACUUUGAUCACACACACACAUUAGCGCUUGCACAAUAGAUUCAUGUAUUUUCUAACCAAUAGUUGUCAAACCUCCCUUUUAGCAGCUUAAGGUUAUUUUUUAUAGCCGGGAUAUUCUUUGUUACUAACUCAGGGAACUGAGGUUUGUGGGGCCUGGUCUUACUGGAGUUACUGGUCCUUUUUGCAAGCAGAAAUUAAAUUGUUGCUUUAAUAUAUUUGUUUGUUUGUUUGUUUUUUCUCCCUCCCAGUUAUUAUGAUUACUCUCAUUCUCUUGUUUUUCAUUCGAAACUGCUCAUGAGGAGUUUAUAUAAAGUAGAUGCUUGAUCACAUCCUGGUGUGCUGAUGAUCCCCAAACUACCCGACAGUCCACACAUUGUUUUAAGAAAAAGAAAAAAAAAGGAAAAAAAAAAAGAAAGCAUUGUUGUUCCUUCAGAGAAGCCGGCAUUUUUAUAACUUAACUUUGAAAUAAAAGUCUUCCAACAAUAA